UAAAGCUGAACGGCAAUCGUCACGUUGUUGGAGUGCUCAGAGGCUACGACCAGUUUAUGAAUCUCGUACUGGAUAAUGCGGUUGAGUUGGUCUCUCGCACGGAGAAGAAGGAUAUUGGUAUGACCGUCAUUCGGGGUAACUCGGUGCUCAUGUGGGAGUGCCUCGACAGGGUGACACAGUAG